UUCAUUUUUCUUUUCUCUCCUUCGACUUUAGUUUCUCUUCGUUCACUGUUUUCCUCGGAAGAAAUUAAUGGCAAACUUAAACUCUGAAAAAACCCUAUACUAGACAAAAUUGAGAUUUGUGAUCAAAGAAUCUCAACCAAUUUUUCUCCUUCCCCUCUUUAUUCUCUGCAACUUCAGAAGACCCUAUUCAAAUGUUCUCCUGCAACUUGAAAAAAACCUACGUUUUAAAUUUUGAGUUUCUCGAAGAACAAGAAGAAGUGAGACGCAUGCAUAUUGAUUUGGAAAUUUAAUUAGGGUUUCAGCAGCAGUGGUUGGUGAAUUAACAAUUCAGAGAAGGUUUAAUGUUUGGCAAGUGUAGAAAUUUCUAACUCAGCUGGAGACCAUAAAGCAGAAUCAAGUAAUGGUGGUUAUAGCUGCAGAGAUCUGGGGAAGCUUUAGGUUGUAUGGUAAGGCAGCUUUUGAAUGAUCAGAUUGAAAACUCCAGAGCCACAAUGGCUAAAAAGAUGUACGAUAGACAAGUGUCUAUCAUUACGGUGGCUUGGAAGGCACAAAUGAUAGAAGAAGAUGGCUAUGUUUUGAAAUUGGCUAGACAGGUGAAGCUAUCAGAUUAUUUUACAAUAACGAAAUUCAACCAGAUGCCAUACUGGAUGAUGCGCGCAUCUGGAUGCUUAUAUGUGGGUUUGCUGAACUUGGUUGGUUUUUUGCUUUCCAUACACUCAUUUUUACUAAGAAGUAGGGAUGGGAAUGGUGAUACUUGCUUUGUAUCGCCUUUAAUUCAUUUGCCUUUUUUUUACUUUUACGCAAGUCUGUUUUGGUUGUCCAAAUGGUCCUAUAUGGGAUUGUUCGUUGGGUUAAUUUUCAAUUAUGUCUGCCAUUAUUAGUUUACCCAAUUUUUCUUAAUUGGUCUGCUUUGAAAAGCAUAAUCAUGUUCAAUGUCUAAAUGUUUGUAACACUCUUUUUACUAAAUGCCCCAUGUCUGUAGUAAUUGACAUUAAUAUCGACUGCUUGCACUAUUUUGCUUCUAUUCUGAGUAGUGUGACAGG